ACCAGAUUUAUCUAAUAAACCAAUCUGUUUUUCUGGUGUAUAAAAAGAUUCGCAAUAUGAGGCGACACGUAUCAUUGUUAGAAUGGAACGUCGAAGCUAUACUUUGUUUUUGUUUGCGCUAAUUGUACUUUUAGGUACAGUCUUGGCAACCAAUGAAAUAACUCAAAGGGUCAAGCGAAGUCCACAAAUGCCCGACAUACCACCACCACCAAGUGAUUUCCCGAGACCACUGAUAGCACUUCAACGGAUGAUUAGACAACCAUCUCCUCAAGGACCGCCCGAGGAGGAUAUUCCUCCUCCACCGGAAGCAGAGAACCUCCAAGUGCAUCUCCACCGCCAGACACGUGCUGCAUCUAACAUCAAUAUGAAUAGUAAAAGUGAAAUAGGAAACAGCACACCUAUGUUAAUGGAAGAAGCCCGCAAAAAACGCGAAGCACGUGGAACAGGUGCAAAACUUCCUAACCGUGGAGGAUAAGCAUCUACAAGCUUAUCCCAACAUGGAUAAUAAAAGGGUGCUAUUGUUUCUAUAUAUUAUGCUGUACUUCCUUGCAUAAACGACACAUAAAAAGCACUCCUAACGGACAAAUUUUAAGAAAAAAUAUAGUUUACUGAUAUUGGAAUAAACUUACUUUUUGAACUUUAUGAAAAA